UCACUUCCUUCUUUUUCUGGUUCGCUGUCUAGAGUGGAACACGGACUUCUUCAUUCCAUUACUCCAUUUCGCUCUUUACUUCCUAGUCCAUUCCUUCCUGCUUCCCACGAAUUAGGGUGUUCUCUAUCCUCAAACAGUGCUGAGCGUUUAAACACUCUUGCCUUAGAGUUCGUUAAUCAUAUUCUGAUUUUGUUUGCCGGGAUGCUACAAUACUCAAGAAAUUCAGGUUCCCAGAGAAGAUGAACGACGUUGUUAGAGUGGUGUCUUGGUAUUUUUCAUGGGCAUGUUUUUAUGAUGGUUGAGGUCUAGCGCAAGGAGUUGGCCAUUUGAUGUUAGUGAUAGAUCUAAUGCUUUCGGCUGACCAUUGGGGAGUUUUGAGAGGGUCAAUGGCAAAUUCACUAUUUCAAAUGAGUCACAUAAAACAUAGAUAAAACGGGGUCGCUGUGUUGUGUGGCUGCAAGGCCACAUGGAUCCAAUACGGCCAGUAGAGAGUGGUCCAUGGGUCCCGUUGAACCUUACUGGAGAACAAGCACAAGCUUUUCUCCUCCUCUAUCUGGAAGACGGGAUUAUAGGUAUGCUACACGCGAUGCUGUUCGGCUUUAUGGGUCUUCCCUCUCAUCGAACAGUAAAAAAAGCAGGGGUCAGGGGAGAGGUGAUCAUCUUCCUCAUCACCAGCAUUCUGCUUCUGAUGGAUAUGGGUCAUAUUUCAGCUGUCCAUCUGACAGUUUUCAGACUCCACAGGGGACCUCUCCCUCUAGGCAGGGGGUGAAUAUUGAUGAUUAUGUGUCUGCAGUAAUGAGAGAGUCAGUUUCCGAGCCAUUAUCUUUUACACCAUCUAUGGAGGGGACUUCAGCUAUCCACUACAGUGCAGGAUCCUCUUCAUCCAGGUCAGAUGGUAGUGAAUAUGAGCCCAUUGCCAAGAUGCACACUUCUUCAAAUCAUAACUUUUCAAUUCGUCGUUUGUUCAUGUCCAAGCCCAUCCAUCCAGUAUCUUUUCCAAACCAAAUUGAGAGAUUCUCUACUGGAAAUUCCAUUGACCUGUCUGACCACAGUGAGAACAAGGGUACUCAACAUUUGGAUCCAAAAUCUAUUCAAAAUUUUGCUGAGCUUCAGACUGUGUCUGGAGUUUUAGAGUUUGAUGCUACCACACCCCACACAGAAAUACAACGGUGGAGCAGUGCUAGUAGCAGCAUUGAUUUCACUGGUGUUUCUGAGCACUUGGAUUCUGAAAACAUCACCCCAUUGUGUAAUCUAACAGACAGCUCCAGAUGCGGAUUGUGUGAUAGGUUUCUGUCCCAGAAAUCACCGUGGAGUUCUCGUAGGAUUGUGAUGGGUGGGGACAUGCCGGUCACUGGAGUUCUUUCAUGUUGCCAUGUUUUCCAUGCAGAUUGCUUGGAGCAGACAACCCCGAUGACGCACAAACUUGAUCCUCCUUGCCCUCUAUGUGUGAGAUCAGAGGAAAUUGUUGGGGAGCACCGGGCUUUUCCCAGGUUGAGGAAUGGGUUCCCAAGGCUCAGACCGUUUUGUGGGGAAGGACCAUCAAGGCCUUGUGGCUGUGGGCAGGUUGGAGAUUGUGCUGAGGCUUUGCAUGCACCCCCUCACAACACUUUGGUGCUGCUGAAUCAAAGCCGCCUCAAGAAGCACUUCUUUUUGAAAAGUAAUUCAAGUAAGGAGGUUCCUGAUAAAUUGAAGAAAAUUAUGCCACAUUCCUCCCAUAUAUUAGACAGAAUAUCCGUUGAUCAUGGAGCCGGUGGUUGCUCAAAGAUAAUGGCAGAAUCAGCAAUGAAGAGAUGUUGAAACAUUGUAGGUACUUGUGUUGUAGGGAUUUACAUUCUCCUCCCCCAACCUAAUUGAUUUUAGGGUUAUUGGCUGAACCGAUGGUUGUUAAGAGUAAACCGGAUUUACUGGACUCUGUUGCAUAGAUUCAAGAUCACGGGAAGGCAGGGACAUGUGUGACUGUCUAUAUAUUCCCACCUGCUUUGCUUUGAAUCACUCUCACUUCACAAAAUUUCCUACCCUAUAUUACCAUGUGUGUGUAUGUGAAGUGUGUCCAAAUCCAAAGAUUAAAUUAUAUAAUUUAUUUGAAGGAGAUGAUUUUAUGAGCAAAAA